ACUAGGAAAAUACGUUAUCUCUUCUCUAGUGUGGUUCGCAACCAGAAGCCAUUCGAGCUUGCAAGCACGAGUGAAAGCUUUGUGUCCAACUGGUUGCUGUUUCCAGCCAGGCCCUGUUGCAGAAAUGUGGCAGGACAUCCUCCAAAGUGUCCGGUCUUACGACGUACCCCAGAGAAAUGUGAUCGUGGCUUCCUGUGCCCUAGGAGGUGGAGGCCUCCUUGUUUUUUGGCUUCUGACCAGGCAAAGGAAAAGGACCAUAGAAAUGGGAGAGGGAUGGUGGGGCUUUGGUGAGAAAUCCUCAAACAACGAAGAUGAAAGUAUUAGACCUUUCGAAGUGAAAACGUCUGAGAAAGAAAUCCAGGAUUUGUACCAGCGUCUCGAUCUGGCACGCUACACACCACCAUUGGAAGGGGCUGCUUUCCACUAUGGUUUCAACUCCAACUAUCUGCAGAAAGUGGUCUCAUACUGGAGGAAUCAGUUUGACUGGAAUAAGCAAGUCGACAUUCUCAACCAAUACCCACAUUUUAAAACGACUAUUGAAGGGAUUGAAAUUCAUUUUAUUCAUGUGAAACCAACUCACAUCCCGAGUGGUCAGACUCCCAGACCUUUGCUGAUGGUACACGGCUGGCCUGGCUCCUUCUAUGAAUUCUAUAAGAUCAUCCCCUUGCUUACCAAUCCAGUUGGUUCUGGCUCAAGCGGAGAGAAUCUGGUCUUUGAGGUCAUCUGUCCAUCCAUCCCAGGCUAUGGCUUCUCUGAGGCUCCACAUAAACAGGGUUUUGAUAUGACGGCUGCUGCUAGAAUCUUUCACAAGCUGAUGCAUAGACUGGGAUUCCAAGAAUAUUACUUACAAGGUGGAGACUGGGGUUCUGGGAUCACCACACACAUGGCCCAGAUGCUACCAAAAUCUGUGAAGGGGCUUCAUCUGAACAUGGUAUUCCUUAGCAAAUUUAGUUGCAGUGAUUUGAUAUCUUUAUUACUGGGAGCCUAUGUACCAUGGUUGGUCGGCCUCACCAGGGAGGACUCACGCCGUUUAUUCCCAUACUUUAAGACGCAAGUGUCUUUUACUUUGCGUGAGAGUGGCUACAUGCAUAUCCAAGCCACCAAGCCAGAUACAGCAGGAUGUGGGUUGAAUAACUGUCCCGUGGGACUUGCUGCAUACAUCCUAGAAAAAUUCUCUACAUGGACAGAUAAAUCAUUUCCGAACUUGGAUGAUGGCGGUUUAGAGAGGAAAUACUCACUGGAUGACCUAUUGACCAAUGUCAUGAUUUACUGGGUGACAGGCUCCAUUGUGACAUCAAUGCGCUUUUACAAGGAGAAUCUUUCCAAGAAUCCAAGCACUACUCCCAGUGGCAGGACAGCAGUUUAUGUUCCCACUGGUGUUACUGCCUUCCCUGAUGAACUUUUACAUGCUCCGCCUUCCUGGGUAAAGAGGAAGUUUAAAAACCUCGUCACUUACUCCUACAUGCCACGGGGUGGUCACUUCCCUGCCUUUGAGGAGCCACAGCUUUUGGCUCAGGACUUCAAGCAAUUUAUUCGGAAAGUGGAACAUCUGUGAGGCAACAGAAGGGCAUAAGCACGGCAAAAAAAAGCUGUAAUCCAAGUGCAAAAACCCUCUGGCAAGUUAAGUAAAAUAGUAUUAUUACAUUAAUGCUUGAGCUUUCAACAGUCAUUUAUUCUAUUAUGAAAAACUACUGUAAGAAUCUAACGUUUUUUUUUUUAAAAAAAGAGUGCAGUAGUCAUAUUAAAUUGGUUCUUAUAACAAGUAAA